AUGACAGAACCAAACGAAUCACAACCGGAGUUCCAAUUCCCCAAAAUUCAUUCUUUCCCGCCGCUAUAUACAAAACAACCAAACCAAUCGAUCCACCAACAACAACUAGAAACAUGGUCCCACAUAAUACUACUAUACUGCGAGUUCUACAAGAUCACAUCGCUAACAAGCACAGGCACGCCGAAACACACAACAAGCACCACGCGCAACGUGUCAGCAUUCCCACCGAUAUUCACCAACAAUGCCAUAAACCGCAGCGUCAACCUCGAGUUCAAAACGGCGAUUUUCAACCACAUGAUAAGUACCAAGCGUGCCGAGUUGAUAGAUCACAAGAAGCCGCACAUGGGGAUGUUCAUAUAUUGGCGAUCUAUCGCUGAAUGGGGGCAAAUUUUAUAUGACUAUGUGUCAAACACGGGCCAAAAGGGCACCGUGCUCACGUUGUGGGAAUUGACCUCGGGCGGAACCGAGGAAGAUGCCAACCUCUUGCCGCUAGAGUUGAAGAACAUGGAUGAGCUGUUGUUGAUUAAGGUCAUUCAGGAGUAUCUCGUCAAGCUGGGCAAAGCGCAAGUUUUGAUUAACGAGCACGAUUCUAUUGGCGGUGUCAAAAUUGUAUAA